GUCAUGGAGGAAUUCAACAGUGAGACAGACAGUGACUAUACUAGCUACUGGAGAGACUGGUUCAUCUCCUCCCGUGGCAACGAAUAUUUCUGCGAAAUCGACGAGGAAUAUCUGACUGAUCGCUUUAACUUGACUGGCUUGAACACGGAAAUCCCCUACUACCAGUAUGCACUUGAUCUGGUCACCGACGUGUUUGAUCUAGACGCCGACGACGAUCUGCGCGAGCAGAUCGAGAAGUCCGCUCGUCACCUGUAUGGCCUUGUCCACGCGCGCUACAUCGUUACCACCCGUGGCCUCGCUAAAAUGCUUGACAAGUACAAGAAGUGCGACUUCGGCAAAUGCCCCCGUGUCUUGUGUGAGGGUCAGGCUCUUCUCCCCAUGGGCCAGCACGACCUGCCCAACAUGAGCACCGUCAGACUGUACUGUGUCAAGUGCGAAGACAUCUACAACCCCAAGUCUUCUCGCCACGCCUCCAUGGAUGGCGCCUACUUUGGCACUUCUUUCCACAAUAUCCUGUUCCAGGUGUACCCCGCUCUCAUUCCCGAGAAGAGCACUCGUCGCCACGAACCUCGUAUCUACGGCUUCCGCGUCCACGCCGCUGCUGCCCUUGCUCGCUGGCAGGAUCGCUUCCGCGAAGAGCAGAAGACUCGCCUGCGUGAAGCCGGAAUCGAAUUCAAUUACGCCGAGGAUACCGAGGCUGAGGAGGAGUUCGAAGACGAUGAGGAGCCUUCCGCGUCGAAGACUGAAAAGGUUGAGGGUGACGCAGCGUCUGGUCGCAUGGAUCUCGGAAAUUGAAGCAAGCUACACGGUCUUUCACAGAUCUUCGUGAAGCUUCAAGAUUUCUGUUCCCGGUCGGCGUCAUACUCGGCUUUUUUUUCUUUUUCUAUUCCUCUCGUCUUCUUUAUUUCUCUAUGAAGAGACCAACAGGCGUACCGGGGUUUACUAUUCUCUUAUGUGUUUUUUUUUCCCAAUGAUUUUCACUGUUGUGGCAUGAUGAUGACGAACAUU